AUGUGUGCCAAGGAAUCAGCCAGAGCCGUUGCCAAAACAGUGGCCAAGUCUGUGGCCAAGAGCAUCGCGAAGUCGGUCGCCAGGACCGUCGCUCGGACUGUCGCUCGGAAUGUCGCUCGGACUGUCGCUCGGACUGUAGCUCGGACCGUAGCCAAAACCGCUGCCAAGACCGUCGCUCGGAUUGUCCGACGACGAGAUUGGAGAAAUCCGCAAACGGAACGCCGCGCUGAUCAUCUUCGAUCGGAGCAAAUACACAAGUGCUCCUCUGAAGCGGAAAUUGAUGGCGGAUGGGACCUGGAAGACGCUUCCGUGGGUGAAGCCCGAUGGCUAUGUCGACAUUUACAGCUCCUCUCCAAGUCAGCGUUUGUCGAGCCACCCGUAUGCCAGUAA